UUUAAAUUUUCUCAAUUUGGAUUUUUUUAAGAGAAACCGGCUUACAUUAUAAAAUCAUACUCCAAACAGGUAACAUCAAGACCACACCCUAGAAACAAUCCAGUAAAACUAGAACACAUAACCUUAUCAUACGCCCUCACGGUCAAUCACCCAAUACACAAAUGGGCAAAUGUAAGUCAACCAUGACCGAUUUAGUAUCCUUACCACUUACCCUAUUAUGAGCUUGACCCAUAACAAAGAUAAAGACCACACUCAAAAAAACAAAAUCUAAAAUCCUUAUACAAGCGAAAAACAACAAAAACAAAGAACCUAAAUAAAUAAACUUUCGGAGAAGACUUAGGUGAGCCAGAGAUCCACGCCCGCCUCUUCCACAUUUUUUGGCUCAUCCACAAUCAUAGCCCCUUCAACUAGAUCUUCUUGUUCUUAGCAUUCUAACACUCGCUUCCUCUUUGGCUCCCCCAAGCGUCAAGCAAUUGUUCCUGUUUUCAAGGGUUGGUGAGGGUAAGCCGUCCAAAAAGAGGCGACAGACAAAAUUAUUUGGGGUAGGAUGAAGGGUGUUGUGGGAUUUUGGUGAAAUAUUUAUGUUACGAUUACAAAAAAAAAAAACUAUUAAUGAAAUUAACUUGAGAAAAGAAAGAUGAAAACGGAGUGGGAAGGAGGCCCUCCCUCCAUUAAUAGUUAAUACAGGAUAGUUUCCUUGUCACAAGCGAACCUUGCUCAUUUAGUUGGAUCAUCAUUCCCUAUUUACAUACAUUUCCCAGAGGAGAAAAAGAGAAAAGAAGAAAGAAGGAGGCGAACGAUGAGAAGGCCUCAAUCUCUGCCUCUACUGUAAGUUCGUUCCCCUUGUUAACAAAGAAAAUUAAUCCCAAGUCCGAAGAUAUAAUAUCUCACAAAAUGCAUUCUUCUUCCAGUAAACAACCCGGAGCGACUUUCAAGAACAGAGGAAAAGCACUGAACCAUGAUGAGCCUGAUAAAGAUGAAGACGCAUUCUCCAGUGACAUGAUGAUUACUUGCAUGCCAAUCCAGAAACGCCAACCCUACAAAAGAUGUGAAGAGUAUUGUGGUGAUGAAUAUGGGCAAUGGAGGAUGGAACAGAUGAAGGGAGCAGAAAGGUUAGAGAAGGAGCUGAAGGGAAGGUGGUCAAUGGAGAAUCUGAUUGAUGAGCAGGUGAAGCGUUUCCAGGUGCAGUACAGCAGUACCCCGACCAAGCUGAUCAAAGAUGUAGCCGAGGUGUUGAUGCCAAAAUGGGCCCCGCCCCGUGAGCUAGCAGCCCUUUCCUGGUUGGGCGAUUGGAGGCCCUCGGCCAUCCCGCGCCUCCUCCACUCCCUAAUCCAAGCGGGCACCCUUCCCGAGUCCCGCGCGGUGAAGACGGUUCUGCCCCUG